UUAAUUAGUUUUUGAAAUUAAUAAAAGGUAAAAUAUGCCUUUAUAUGAUCAUAUAUUUAUUUUUGUUCAAUAAUUACAUCUAAACACCCAACCACCCUUCUAUAGUGGCAACACUGGUGGCCACACUGUCACAGACUUCAUCACGCUCGGGCUGUAGACAACCAUCAUAAUGACGUCCCGUUUCUUCAUGUCCGACUCCGAGUCGGAAUCGGAGUCAAGUGAAGAAGAAAUUAUUAAUGAGCAAACUGGCAUUUCUGCGGCAGCAUAUGUGUUCAGUGAAGAUGAAGAAGACACCAAACGUAUCGUUCGUUCUGCCAAGGAAAAACGUUAUGAGGAGCUCAAAAACAUCAUCAGGAGUAUCAAGAACUAUAAGAAAAAUAAAGACAUGUCCAAUUUGCUCUCAAGUUUUGAGGACUUAUGUCGUUCUUACACCAAGACACUGCCUGUGGUGCAGAAGGAAGAGGGAGGUAAAACACCCCGAUUUUUCAUCCGCUGUUUGGCCGAGCUCGAUGAGUUUAUCCAAACUGUCUGGGAGGAUAAGGUUGGCAGGAAGAGCAUGUCCAAGAAUAAUGCCAAGGGUCUGACAACACUUCGCCAGAAGUACAGGAAAUAUGCUAAAGAAUAUGACACUGAUCUUGCUGUGUUCCGGGAGAAUCCAGAUCGUGCAGAUUCUGAUGCAGAGGUUGAGAAGGAAGACCAAGAUGAUGAGAGUGAGGAUGAAAACAACCUCAUGGAUGCAGCAACAUUUAAGAAAGAGUCUUCUGUUACCAAGAGUGCUAAAAAGUUCCAGAAGGGAAGCGAUGAUGAAGAGGACGAUGAUGAUGACAGUAUUGACUGGGGUCCCGACUCAGACGACGAGACUUCUUCAUCUGAUGGUGGUGGUGGUAUGUUUCCUCUCAGGGAGAAGUUCUUAAAGAAGACGACUGAUAGGGAUGAUGAUGAUUUGAAGAGAAAGAGAAAGAGAUUGCCAAGAGAGAACAAAGCUAAGGAUGAAGAGAGUGAUGAUGAUGGUGGAUGGGAGAAAGUGAAGAGAGGCUCGUCAAUGCCUAUGGAGAAACCCAAGAUGUUUGGCAAGGACGAUGAGAUUAAUGUAAAUUCUGUGCACAAGAAGUUGAAUGAAAUCAUGGCAGCUCGAGGCAAGAAGGGAACAGAUCGCAAAGAGCAGAUUGAGCUCCUUCACGAGCUCUUGAAUGUGGCAAGAGAUAAUACUCUUGGGCCUGCUAUCUUAGUCAAGGUUCAGUUCAACAUCAUCAUGUCAGUUUAUGAUUACAACCCUUCAGUGUCAGAUCCCAUGAAAGUGGAAUUCUGGGAGAAGGUCGUCCUCAAAAUUGACGAACUAUUGGACAUGCUUAUUGCUGACCCAGAACUAAGCAUUGGGGAGCAAGUCACAGAGGAAACAGAAAGUCUAGAAAAGCCACCGCUUCUUGUCCGAGGCUGUGUCCUCACUAUUGUUGAUCGUAUGGAUGAAGAGUUCAUCAAGCUGCUCAAGGCUUGUGAUGCUCACAGCAAUGAGUAUAUUGUUAGCCUUCGUGAUGAAAUUCGCGUGUGUGCCAUCAUUAACAAGCUUUUGAAAUAUGAGGAAGAGCAUGGAAUGCCAUCUGAUAUUUGCCGGGUGUAUCUACGCAAAAUUGAACAUCUGUACUACAAGUAUGAGCCUCGUGCUGCUAAGCAGACAUUGGGUGAACUUCCCACAACAGAUGAUACAAGCCUUGCAGAGAUGGACAGAUUGUGCAAGUACAUUUACGUACGGGAUAACACAGAUCGUCUGCGCACACGUGCAGUAUUGUGCCACAUUUACCACAUGUCUCUCCAUGACAAAUGGUAUGAGGCACGUGACCUUAUGCUCAUGGCUCAUCUGCAGGAAACCAUCCAUCACUCUGAUUUGCCUACCCAAAUUCUGUACAACCGCACGAUGGUACAACUAGGAUUGUGUGCGUUCCGCCAUGGGAAUAUUAAGGAGGCACACAAUGCUUUACUAGACAUCCAAUCUGGUGGAAGGGCCAAGGAGUUAUUGGCUCAAGGAUUACUGCCCCAGCGUCAACAUGAGAGGACAACUGAACAGGAGAAGCAAGAGAAACAGCGACAGAUUCCUUUCCAUCAGCACAUUAACCUUGAGAUGUUGGAAUGUGUGUAUCUAGUUUCUGCUAUGCUCAUUGAGAUUCCCUAUAUGGCUGCUCAUGAGUUUGAUGCUCGCCGUCGCAUGAUUUCCAAGUCUUUCCAUCAUCAGUUGAAGAACUCUGAACGCCAGUCUUUGGUUGGACCACCCGAAAGCAUGAGGGAGCAUGUUGUUGCUGCCUCAAAAGCUAUGCGCAAUGGGAACUGGAAACAAUGCAGGAAUUUGCUGUUGAAUGACAAAAUGAAUGCAAAGGUAUGGGAUCUGUUCCAUGAAGCUGACCGAGUGCGCAAAAUGUUGGGAGGCAAGAUCCAAGAGGAGAGCCUUCGCACUUAUCUCUUCACGUACUCACAUGUCUACGAUUCUAUCUCUCUCAUCAAACUCUCUGAUAUGUUUGAACUUCCUCAUAGCACAGUUCAUGCAAUCAUCAGCAAGAUGAUAAUAAAUGAAGAAAUUAUGGCGUCUCUAGAUGAACCAACCUCAUGCUUGGUGAUGCAUCGUACCGAGCCUUCAUCCCUGCAGUCGCUGUCCCUCCAGUUGGCUGAUAAACUCUACAACUUGGUCGAGAACAAUGAACGUGUUCUUGACCAGAAGCCCUUUUUCACCCGCGGCGUACAGGGUGGUGGGUACCGUGACCGCCGGGAGAAAGGCAACUGGGGUGAUCGUCGAGACCGCCGUGACAGAGACAACCAGAACAUCCACCGCCGGGACCGUGACUGAUUUCUGCCGGUUGUGGCAGGAAGUGGUAUGGUCAAGAGUAUCAUGUGAAGAAGAGGAUUUGACCCUUGCUAUGUCAUCCACCUUCCUCCAUUGUGUUUCUGUUAGAGGUGUUUUGGGGCCCACUCAUUUGCUUUUGGAAGUUACUUGCACUUUAUUUUCUUUUGGUUUUACUCAUACUGUACUGUAAUCUCUUGAAAUGUUAUUCAUAUUCUGUUUAUUCUUGAAGAGAAAAGGUGAACUUUGGUUAAUAUUUGUAUGGUCAGGAUAAGUUGCAACCUCCAUGUUCCAAAUAAUCCUAGCUUUUACAGUCAUAUACUGGUACUGUGAUGGUACAGUUAUGUGCUAAAUUUUUUGAUCAUCUCAAAUUUGCCAUCAGUUACCUUCAACAAAUGUGUGGGCCCCAAAAUGCAAAUGGUCAAUCACAAACUGUAUUCAGAUUUAAUUUCUGUGGAAGAAUAUUUCCCUUUAGUGUUUCAUAAUGGACUAUAUAUAACAUAUUGGCAAGGUUUUAUAAUAAAUAUAAUUGCUUGAAA